AUGGUGUGGGCUGGGGGAGAGGGGGGCUAUGAGUGUCUGGGCAAGGCCUGUGCCCACUUGGUGAGGGGCUACCAGGGGGUCCUUGCCCAGCAAGCACUGGCAGGUGGACCACCGGUGGGGUGCAGGAUGUGGCCCCUGGCCUGGCUGGGACUCAUCAGCCUGUAUCUGGGGGCAGCGUGGGGUGUCCCAGUCAAGGAGGAGAGGAGGAAAGCAGAGAAGCCAAAAGCUGACCUUGCACUCUAUGAAAACCUGGAGCUGGACAACUAUGACCUGACGUUGGACAACUAUGGUGAGAUCCUUGACCUGAGCAACUAUGAGGAGCUCUACGACUACAGUGACCUUGGUCCAAAGAUCGAGGUUGGCACCCUGGCUCCUCGCCCCAAGGACCUCGUGGCUCUCCCAGACCUGGCCACCACAGCUGAAACCCCGAAGCUGCAGCCUCCAGCCACCACCAGCCCCAUCCACCCAGUACCCAGCCCCGUGCAGGGCCUGCCCAGCUGCCUGCUCUGCCUCUGCAUUGGCACCUCUGUGUACUGUGAUGAUGCUGAUCUGGAGCACAUCCCAUCUCUGCCUCCUGAGACCGUGUACCUGUACGCUCGCUUCAACCGCAUCGGCAGCAUCCGCGCCCACGACUUCACGGGACUCAAGAAGCUGAAGCGAAUAGACCUGAGCAGCAACUUCAUCUCCUGGGCAGAUGCAGAUGCCUUCAGGCUGCUCCCCAGCCUGCAGGAGCUGCUGCUGCCCGAGAACAGGCUGACAGCCCUCCCGGAGCUGCCGCGCAGCCUCGUGCGCCUGGACGCCCGGCUCAACAGGAUCCCCAGCGCCGGCCUCCGGCCCGAGGCCUUCAGGGACCUGAAGCAGCUGCAGUUCCUCCAUCUGUCUGACAACCAGCUGGACCAUAUCCCAGUGCCCCUGCCCGAGAGCCUGCGCUCCCUGCACCUCCAGAACAACAACAUCCAGACCAUGCAUGAGGACACGUUCUGUGACAGCCAGGACCCCAGCCAGAUCCGCAGGGUGCUGGAGGACAUCCGCCUGGACGGCAACCCCAUCAACCUCAGCCUCUUCCCCAACGCCUAUUUCUGCCUCCCCCGCCUGCCCACGGGCCACUUCUCCUGA